UACAAUCCAGUCACGGAAUUAGUAGUUACGGACAGUUUUAAAUUAUCAGCUGAUUGAGUCUAAACAUAAGUUUUUUUAUGUAAAUAAUGUUUUGAUUUGAUAAAAAAAAAAAAAACAAAGGGUAAAAUAUGGGAUCGAGGCUGGUUUCUAGCCUAAAUCGCACAGUUAAUUGUGCGAGAAUCGUCUUGAGUAAAACGAACUCGAAAAAAAUUCACGCGAUUUGCGGCAAAAAGGACGUUGAUUUGGAGUACAAAUUUUCGCGGGUUUCUCUGUACUCGAGUGAUGUACCCAAGAAAUGCUGGCAAUGCAAUUACCCGUUCAAGUCUGAAUUCUUUUGUCGAAAAUGUGAGACAGUCCAGGAACCACCGGAGCAAUUAAAUUAUUUUGAGAUUCUAGGAGUUGAAAAAAGUUUUGACAUCAAUAUAACUGAUGUGCAAACAAAAUAUCGAAAAUUGCAGAGCAAAUUGCAUCCAGAUAAAUUUGGAAACAAGUCUGAGAAAGAACAACAAUACUCUGAAUUUAUAUCGUCGUUAUUAAAUAAAGCUUACGCUACACUAUCAAAUCCAUUAGAUAGAGGGAUGUAUUUACUAAAAUUGAAUAAUUUAUCAACACCAGAAGGGACAACUGAUUUAGACCCAGUAUUUCUCAUGGAGAUAAUGGAGAGAAAUGAGGCAAUUGAAGAAGCUGGGGCUGAUAAAGAUAAAAUAGAUAAACUUUCAAAGGAAAAUCAUGAAAUACUAACAACUUUAUCAAAAGAAAUAUCAGAGGCCUUCAAAAGUGGUGACAUUAAAAAAGCACAAGUGUUAUUACUAAAAAUGAAAUAUUUUACUAGUAUUGACGAUAGAUUAAAAAAUCUAAGACGUAAUUUAGGUAUCGUAGCCUAAAUAUCUAU